AUGCUAGCGCGGCGGUCGCGAGUCGCUGUUGCAUUCGUGCUUGCAUGUGGCUUCUAUCUAUUCCACCGAGCCUUUUUCUCUUCCCCGGGAGGAAUAGGAUUUAAUUUUAUCAUCCCGCAUGACAUCCGAAUCCAAUACCCUUUUGAAGAGAAAGGUACCAACGCGAGGGAUGCGAAAAAGGCAGAGGCUGUAAAGGAGGUGAUGAGGCGCACCUGGAAGCUUUACAAAGAACGAGCUUGGGGAUUCGACGAAAUUAAGCCUGUAUCUGGGAAAAGCAGAAACAGUAGGAAUGGAUGGGGUGCAACUAUAAUCGAUUCCAUGACUACAGCUGCAAUAAUGGGCUUAACCGAUGUGUUCGCCGAACAAUAUGAUUGGGUCGUCAACCAUGUCGACUUUAAUAAGGCUGAAGGUCUAGUUGAUCCGUUUGAAACAACAAUCAGAUACCUUGGGGCCCUAGUUUCUAGCGUAGAUCUACUCGAGGCGGGGAUAAUACCUCCUCCCAGUCCACUAUUUCGCCAGGAGAUUCUAAAACAAGCAAAAACUCUCGCGGAUAAUCUUGGGCCUGGAUUCGAUACCCCCACAGGUAUGAUAUGGCCCAGGGUCAACUUUACUGAAGCCCGCGGGAUGGAUAUGUCGGGAAGACGGCACCAACAUGCUGCCGUCCACCUUGCCAGGGCGGGGAGCCAUUGGCUUGAAUACUCGACUCUAUCACACUUGACGGGCGAUAGAAUAUAUUUGAAAAAUUCUACCAAGGCGUGGGAUUGCUUGGUCUUUAAUAAGAGGGGUGAACCGUGGCCUGGUAUUCUGCAAAGCCCGAGAUCUAUAUGGACUGGCCUCCCGGUUGGGGCGACAAGAACUCUAGGAGCACCGGAUGAUAGUCACUACGAGUACCUCAUAAAAGCCCACCUAUUAGACCCAAAUGGUUCCACAAAGGACCAUGCAAGACGAUGGUACCAAGCCAUGACAUCUGCCCAAAAGCAUCUCUCAUCUACCACAAAAUCCGAAUCUAACCCGCACACCUUCCUACUUUCCUACUCCAAAGAUCGAUACGAGAACACCAUGGGUCAUUUAACAUGCUUCAUCGGUGGUAAUAUCCUGUUAGGCGCCAAGUACCUUUCGCAACCGUCCUUAUUAUCAUUUGGCGAAGCAUUAAUCGAAGGUUGCCACCAUUCAUAUGAUUCCAUGCCAUCCAAAAUCGGCCCGGAGAGUUGGAGCUGGAUGCCUCGAGAAUCUCAUCUACGGCCACCGCAUUUUCCAGGCCCGGUAGCGCUUUCUCAAAAGGAGAUGUACGAAAAGACAGGAAUAUGGGUUACAGUUACAAAUUACAACUUACGGCCUGAGGUCGUGGAAAGCUACUUUUACGGUUGGAGGAUCACAGGAGAGGAAAAAUAUAGACAGUGGGCAUGGGAAGCGUUUGAAGCAAUUGUAAAAGCGACGGAGACAGAGUGGGGGUACUCGGAAGUGGAAGAUGUGACAGAGGUGAGGAAAGGGAGGAAUUUGAGGGACACCAGUGAAAGUUUUUGGAGUGCUGAGACCUUGAAGUAUCUUUAUUUGAUUUUCGAAGAUCCGGAGUUGUGUAGUUUGGACAAGUGGGUUUUUAAUACCGCGCAUUUACCGGGACAAUACUUGCGAGACGAUGAUUCCUCAUGCCUAGAUAUAUCGACGGACCUUGAUAGAAGACAUUGGGCGAAAAUUGGGGGAACUAUUAGAAGCCAGAUAUCCUUGACAAUAGGAAAUACGCAACAGAUCGAAACCGGGAACAGAAGAUCGGCCAGGGAAUGCAUUCUCACACCCACGGUAGAAUUCGAGCGAUAUGUGGAUGAAGAAGAAGCUUCCAAAAAGAAACCCAAGAAAUAG